UUCAUCUGCACAUACUGUUGUUCACGAAUGACAGACAAUGACGAGUUCUGUUCAUCAACAUUGUAUCGGGAUAAACCUGAAUGGUCAGAUGUGCAACCCAUCUAUCCAUCGAAGGAAGAAGACGGCGCUGUUCGCAUAGCAGUCACUGAGCAGUUUAAGGAUGCUUUUGCUUAUCUGCGAGCUGUUAUGGCUUCAGGGGAAGAAUCACCAAGAGUUUUUUUACUCACCGAAGACUGUAUUCAGUUAAACCCUGCAAACUACACUCUUUGGCAGUUUCGUCGCGAAUUGCUUAAAAAGCUGGACAUUGAUCUGAAGAACGAAUUGAAGUAUCUUGAUGACGUUAUCAUGCAGACUCCGAAGAAUUACCAAGUCUGGCAUCACCGCAGAUGUGUAGCGGAAUUGGUUGGUCCUUCUGCCGUUCAAGGGGAACUCAACUUUUCUGCAUUAGCUAUAGAGUAUGAGUCGAAGAACUACCACGCUUGGCAGUACAGGUAUGCCCUAGUGUUUUCUAGGCAGUGGGUUCUGCGGCACUUCGUGUUUGCUGCCGAUGAUAUCCAAAAAGCAAUUGAGAGUGAACUUUCGUUCACUGACAAACUAAUUUUUGAAGACGCUCGUAACAACUCAGCAUGGAACCAUAGGUAUUUCGUUCUGCAAAGCACAAACAAGAUUUCGGACCCGUCAACCCUUGGUAAUGAGAUAAAGUAG